AUGAAGCCCCUGUUCCCGGACUACUUGGUAAACAACUUGCUGUCGCUGGUGGUUCGAUUGUUCAACGAGAACAUUAAUUGCGAUGGAAUUUGCGGCGCCUACGUCACCUUGUUUGGUAAGUUUUCUGGUUGUUACUCAUGCCCUCUCAAGAUGACUUAUUUGGACAUCCUCUAUUUUCAACCCCUGUUUUUUAUAUUUUCCCUCUUUCUAGAGCAAAAAGGGAUCGAAGGGAACCUCCGUUUCAGCGACUAUUUCACCCCAAAUCUGUCACAUGGCCUGGUCUGGAAUCGGACCAAGGAAAUCCCAUUGAACGCGCGGAAACGCCGCUGCAGCAUCUCGUUGCCGGGGUCGCGGAUGCGAGUCAACUCCUAUCACGACUACGGAACGUUGGACGUCAUGUUGGAAACGCUGUAAGGCUGUUUUUGUGGAAGUUUUUUCCAUAAAGUGCGUAGACUUUUUUCGCACAGUGCAUUUCGCAUUUUUUGCACGGUGCGAGCCACUUUGAACGAUUUUGCACUGUGCAAUUGUCUGUCGCGCUCUCAAAAUUUGUGGCGAUGCAGUUGAAAAAAGCUUCCGUCGCGGCGAUAUCGCACAUUGCAAAAUUGGGGUUUUUGCACGGUGCGGGCGAUUUUCGAGUUGCACAGUGCAAAAUGUCGAAUGCACAGUGCAAAAUGACGUUCUUGCACGGUGCAGGCCAUUUUUGAGUUGCACAGUGCAAAAUGUCGAAUGCACGGUGCAAAAUGGGGGUUUUUGCACGGUGCGGGCGAUUUUCGAAGUGCACAGUGCAAAAGGUGAAAUGCACAGUGCAAAAUGGGUGUUUUUGCACGGUGCGGGCGAUUUUCGAAGUGCACAGUGCAAAAGGUGAAAUGCACAGUGCAAAAUGGGUGUUUUUGCACCGUGCGGGCGAUUUUCGAGCUAUUUUCAAAAAUGCACAGCAAAAGGUGAAAUGCACAGUGCAGAAUGACGUUCUUGCACGGUGCAGGCCAUUUUUGAGUCGCACAGUGCAAAAUGUCGAAUGCACGGUGCAAAAUGGGGGUUUUUGCACGGUGCGGGCGAUUUUCGAGUUGCACAGUGCAAAAGGCGAAAUGCACAGUGCGAAACGACGAUCUUGCACUGUGCAGGCCAUUUUUGAGUUGCACAGUGCAAAAUGUCGAAUGCACGGUGCAAAAUGGGGGUUUUUGCACGGUGCGGGCGAUUUUCGAAGUGCACAGUGCAAAAGGUGAAAUGCACAGUGCAAAAUGGGUGUUUUUGCACCAUGCGGGCGAUUUUCGAGCUAUUUUCAAAAAUGCACAGCAAAAGGUAAAACGCACAGUGCAAAAUGACGUUCUUGCACGGUGCAGGCCAUUUUUGAGUCGCACAGUGCAAAAUGUCGAAUGCACGGUGCAAAAUGAGGGGUUUUUGCACGGUGAGGGAGAUUUUCGAAGUGCACAGUGCAAAAGGUGAAAUCCACAGUGCAAAAUUAGGGUUUUUGCACAGUGCCGGCGAUUUCCGAAGUGCACAGUGCUAAAUGUCGAAUGCACAGUGCAAAAUGACGUUCUUGCAACGUGCGGGCGAUUUCGUAAUCCACAAUGCAAAAAGCUUGGCGACGAACAGUCUACGCACUUAAUGGAAAGAUUAGAAAUAGACAUUGACAUUUUCGAAUUUGUAGGGGAUAUUGCGAAGAGGUUGCGGAACCUCAACAGAUCACCUUCAAAUUCCCAUGGCCAAUCCAGGAUGACAGUCCGCCGGUGGUGAUGAGCCAGGGCCAUGAUGUGUAAGUUUGAUUUUUGACGAGAUUUUGGUCGAAAAAAUGGCAAACUCGCAAUUUCAGACGUUGUGACGAAAUGUCACAAAAUUUAUUGGACAGAACUUGGAUGCUCUUUUUGUAUUUUAGAAUUGGAAAGGGUAUUUUUGGACAUUUUGGCAGAAUUCUGAAAGUCCCAGUUCUUGGACGGAAUGUCACAAAAUUUAUUGAUUUUUUUUGUUGGCUAUGACAGUUUAUUUGAGGGUUUUAGUGUACUAGGACAAUGAUGACUGUGUCACAAGUCAGUUUUUGACCUAAAUUUUGUAAAAUACUGGUCAAUGGUAGUUUUCGACGGAAUGUCACAAAAUUUAUUGGGUACCAUUUUGUAGGUUAAAACGGCAAUUUAUUUAUUUUGGCGGGCGCUUUCGUCGGAAUUGACUAACUUAGGCUUUUUUAAUCUUUGGACAAAAUGUCACGAAAUUGAUUGGAUUUUUUAUGGUGACUAUUGCACAGAAAUUAUUGAUUUUUUUAUUGGCAACCCAAGUGAAAUGUGUUUUCUCGUAUCUGUGUUUGUAUUUUAGAAUGGAGCGGGACCGGAUCGCAUUCGAUGGGAAUCAGUUGUUGAUGACAUUUCCGCGCUCCAAAUCCAUAAAAUACGGAAAUUCGCCGUCAGAGGAUACGACGGCUUGGGGAAAGGCGUUUUUCAGAAGCAAUAUCGUAUUACUCGAUCAAUGCAGUCAACGGAUGUAUUACAAAUUCCCAAUUGUGAGUUUUUUUUACUAUUUUUACUGUUUUAUUUUUUUUUUUUUUUUGAUUUGUAAAAAAUAUUAUUUUAGGACUAUAUCAACGUCUACGAGAUGAAAAAUCAAAUGAUUUCCGAUACAAGUCGACUCGAAAUGUGUUUCAAGUCGUCAAAUGGAUACAUGUACAGCCAGGUUUUCGAUUUGGUAAGGAGUUUUUGAAUUGACAAAAAAAAAUUUUAGUUGAGACCAAAGUUAUUAGGUUGUCCCACAAAUAAUGUCGUUUUCGAGAGGGGCAGUUUCCGAAGUCUAUAAAAAAGGUAAACGGCAAUAAAACUUCGCAAUAUUGCAUCGUUUUGUAGUCGAGAACUCAAGCUUUCGUUCGAUAUAUCAUUUGUCAAAUUUGGAUCAAAUUAAAGUAUUUUAGCCCUAAUCUAAAAUUAUGAAAAAAAAGUCGAUUCGUGUCGCCACGUUGUACCUGCAAAAAUAGGGUAUGAAAGUUACAGGAGUUACACAAAAUAUCAACGGCGUGUUCGGCGAGUCUGAUAUGAGUCUGAACACGAUGGUUCAAAAAAUUUCGAUCUGACGGUGAGGGACUCAAAGAUAAAGUCCGGCACCCGAACUUUAUGAAUUUACCCUGGGGCCAUUAGUUGUCAGAUAUCCUAGAAUCAACAUCCAACGCGUCUCUGACAUCGUCUGGGUGUUAAAAUAAUCGUCGGCUAACCGUUGGAAGUCGAUGGAAUUCAACAAAAUGCUCGGCAGUUUUUUCCCAUAUUAAUGGACCGAACCACAGAAUGGAGGUGUCACGUUUUUUGCUUUUACAAUCCGAAGAGCCGGGUUUUCUAGAUCGGAUCGUGACCCGUGAUGAAGAGCAGAUCCUGUACGACAACCAGAUGUGCCCAAUGGAGUCCCCCGAGGGUACCAACACGGCACUUGGCAAAGCGACCCCCCAUAAACAAGGUGAUGGGCACUGCUGGAUGGUGCAGCAUGGGUAUCUCACAAUACAGCUCGUUGAAAGUUGGCCAAAAUGUAAAUGCUGGGUCCUGCUGUAUUCAGAUAGACAGCUUACGGCAGAAUAUGCCUUUAAAAACACGCCGCGGAAUUCCAAAAGUUCAAGACGACGAUGCGCAACCCCACGUUGUAAAGACGACGCUCCAGAAGUUGAGUUAAUGAAGAUACGGGACUUUCCUUCGUCCGGAGUACUCGCUAGGCAUGUCUCAAACAGAUUGCUACCUUUCCAAGAAUCUAAUGGGUUUCUGGUAGGGAAUUUAUCAAUCAGGAUCAUGUUGAAUGGGCCUUCAAAAGUUUCAUCGGCUCCAGAAGCCGGGGUUUCAAAGCCGCUGGCAAAAAAAUGCUUUCAACGCGUUGCAAUAGCGUGGUAUAACACAUGGUGAUUAUUUUGAUCAAAAAUAUUUUCGUUAUUACGGUAAAUUUUUUUGUACAAAAAAUCUUUUGAAGAACGACAUUAUUUGUGGGACAACCUAAUAUUUUUUGUCUAAAUUUGUUCGAUUUUCUGAAAAAAUUAUCUUUUUUAUCAUUGUUUUAGGUCGAGAUGCUCAACAUCCUCGGUGAAGACGUGAAUGCGACCCUCAAACAACACGACGCACUAGGAAUUCAGUACACUCUGGCCGUCCGUUACCAUGCGCGGCCAAAAAAUUGGAAAACUGUUGAUGAAAUAGGCAUGUAUCGCGAGACUUGCAGAACCUCCAAGUUGUACUGGGAAGACGCUGAAGUUUAUGGGUUUGCGGGUUUGGCUGUUGCUUUAUACAUUGCCGGGAUUUUGAUGUUGUUUAUGUCAUUUUUGAUCAUCUUGGAAGACUUGUUGUUGAAGUUGAGGAGACUGAAGAAGGCCAAGGAAGAGAGAAAAAAGGCAGCGUGAGUUUUUAGGGGAAAAUAUAGACCUUUUUUAGCCAAAAAAUCGUGCUGCGCAAAACUGUAGGCUUUUUUCGACUGAAAAAUUGCACAGUGCGAAAAUAUAGGCUUUUUUAACUAGAAAAAUGCACUGUGAAAAAAAUAAUUUUUGGACUUUUUUCACUUAAAAAAAUGUUUUAGAAAGGCCCCAGAAUUUGAGAAAAUGGAAGCCGUCACUCAGGAUAUGGACCGCCCAUCACAAAUGUCCGAGCAUCGCCCAUCAAAUUCCGAGUUGUAUUCACCUCAUCGUGGAGAACAUGGAAGUGAUAAUGAACAGGCGUCGCCGGGAGAGCCCAAUUCAGUCACAGGGCGUGAACAUUCGGGGAAUUCUAAAGGGGAAUCGACGUGA